GUUGUGACACUUUCACCAAAUAGCCACCGCCAGUCGCUGACAGGGUAUUUGCCAACUCUUUCUCUCACAGAGAACCUCUCCUUUCUGCAAAAGCCCUAAUCUCCUUUGAAUUGCAAUUUCUGGGUUGACUUGUGCAACAAUUUCAUUCAACAAGUUGAUUGGAUAAUACCUCUGUUCAAAAUCAGGUAGGGAGUAUUCCAAAGGAAUUUAUGGCAGGUAGUGGCCUGCCAUCUCUCGGUCGUGUGAAGCUAGCUGAUCUCGUACCUUCUGAAGGCCUUCCAUCAGAUUCUUACAAACUAUCUGUUUCAACUCUGUCACAAUCAUUGGCUCAGUAUUCCGCCGCCAUUAUUCAAUUUUCAGUGAGUGAUGGAGCUCUUUUAAGGUCCGGUUUAGAUUCUGCUCGCCUCUACUUCCAUCAAAGAGCAGCAUACCCAGCUCCCGACAUUGUUCAUAACAAUGACCCUCGCGAAUGGUGCAAGACUUCCGGUUACAAUGCAGAUCCUCAGUUGUGGCUAGAAACAUAUGAUUACAGACCUGGAAUAACUCCUUUAGAGCCCAACAACAUGAUGGAAUUUCCUCCAGCAGGUUUGCCAGAUAUAUUUUCAGUGCUUGGAAAGGCAGCUAGGGACAUAUUGGAUGCGAUCAGCUUCUAUUUGAACCUGCGGAGCUCGCCAUUUACUGAAAUACUUGAUAAUGUUCCAUUAAGAAAUCGGGAAAUAUCUUCCUCAGUAUUGUCUGUCUGCUGUCAUGCAAGGCCAUCGUUCCAAGGAGCACAACACCAUAACUUUGCAACCCAAGAGGAUGGCCAGUUGGUUAUGUUUUCUGACCAUGAGCAUCAAGUAGACAAAACCUUGAUAUCUGUUGUCAGGUCAGAUAAGCCAGGCCUACACAUAAAGGACUUUCAGGGUCGUUGGGUUCUUGUAGAUGAAGAUCUUGGUCCUCAAGAAGCUAUUGUCUACCCUGGACUUGCACUGUAUCAGGCAACUGCCGGAUUUGUUAACCCUGCACUGCAAAGAACAGAGAUCACUAAUAUACAGAACAACUUGUUUGGGCGAUGUUCUUUGGCUUUUAAACUGAUGCCUAAAUCCAUGACCAGUCUCAGUUGUUCAGAGAUGAGAGCCGCUGGUCAUGGGGUUGAACCUCAGUUCCAGCUUCCAGUACCGGUUGAUGACUUUAUGCAAAGGUCUCACCCAAUCGAUCAACUUUUUAACAGACAGACUGUUCAGAGUUUCAAUUUCCAUGCAACCCCAGAUGGGUCUAUGAAGCCUAUGAUGAGGAGGAGGAAGAAUGAUUCGAAAUCCAAACCUCUGCCACCUUCUAAGAGAUUACGACUGGAGGCCCAGAGAGUUCUAAAAGAAAGAGUUCAAGACAUUGCAGACAAGAAAGGUAUCAAGCUGAGGUUCUGUCCCCUGAAGGAUUGUGAGAGUCACAUUCAAACACUUGAUAGCCCAUGUGCCAAUAUAAGAAUGGAGAUUGGGUGGCCGCAUGGAGUGCCAUUUGUUCAUCCACAUGAUCUUCCCAAUAAGGCAAAGAUUGGUUUCCUUGAAGCUUAUGAACCUGGUUGGUCAGCUACGAAUGAUAUGGAGUUGGGUCUAACUGAAUCUGGACAGGCCAGUCAGUCGGCACUUGGCUAAUUGUAAUCCUUUGUCACAUUCAAGGAGUCUAUCUCCUUGAUUUGGAUAGAUCAACUCCUUUUUGUGUGGUAAAUUAACACCUGUUAUAGAGCCACCUGACACAUGUGAUCCUCUUCGGCAUAUGGUUCUCAUAGGAAAUGAAAAUCAUCUUGACACCCAUAAUCCGGUAUCCGGUUUGUAAAUACACAAUCUUGAGACUUGUGGUAGUGAAUGUUAGCUCACUGUAUCUAUCAGAAUGUACUGAAAUCUGAAGAGUGUAUUGGAAACCAGUCCAGGAUGAUCAUGGAAGAGCUGAAGAAAUAAUGAGGAUCGUCUCAUCUCGAUUGGAUUGGAGGGGGAUUUUGGAAUUUUGUAUUUGCACCAAAAUGCUUUAGGCUGUGGAAUAAUGUUGAUGCUGUAUUACCAACACUUUUGUAUAACGAGUGCGUUUCAUAGAUGGAAUAAAGAGAGAAAUCACUAUAAUUUUGUUGGUGGUUGUA